AUGGCGGAAAACGUCCCCCAGACCAUCUUCCGGUACGCCUCCAAGUUCACCGCGACGGUGAUGCCGUACAUCGCCUCGUUACCGCCCACGGCGUUGACGGUGCUCACCGUGGUCGCGUGCCUCGUGGUGGCGUCGUACGUGCGGCGCAUCAUCAACUACCUGUGGUCGUUCGCCAUCAACAUCCUCAUGGCGGUGGCGGUCGCGUACCUCGCGCGUGCCGUCUACGAUAUGGGGCCCGAGAAGGCGCUGCAGAUGGUGUACGUGCAGGCGCUGGGACUGGCGCGGUUCGCGACCGAGGCGGCCAAGUUCUUUUGGAGGGAGUGGGAGAGGUACGAUACGGAGGCGAAGAAGAAGGGGGAGGGGAAUUGA